UUUCUGACACACCAUGAAAAGGGUUCCGCUUCAUGCACAGAAGAAAAAUAACAAGGAAGUGACCAGAUGGGGACUUUGACGUUGUCACAAGGAUAGUGUGCUCCCCAGAUUGACAGCAGAGGAUGCCGCUCUUUGCCAGGACCAGCAGCAAUGGGAUACGAAGUGCCCCAGUGAGUCAAGACCCGGCCAGUUGUCGAGUACUCAGAAGAAAGGGAAAAAUAUGUGCAUAUUACUCAUUGCUAUGAGAUAGCAAAUGAAAUAAUUAACACAUUACUGAAGCCUAGUCAAUACAUUUCAUUCAUCAAAAGCAAGAAUAUUAGACCUAGUUGUGUGGUAAAAAAAAAUGAACUUCCUGUCAACCUUUGUGACAUUUGAGAACCUCCAUGAGGUACGGAGAUUAUGCCACUGGGGCCCAGUCAUAGCUUUGUCCGUCAUUGCUAUAUGCUCCACAAUGGCCAUUCUGGACUCCAUUAUCUGGUACUGGCCAUUAGACACUACAGGAGGCAACAUUAACUUCAUCAUGCUCAUCAACUGGACUGUUCUCAUCCUCUACAACUACUUCAAUGCUAUGUUUGUUGGACCUGGAUAUAUCCCUCUUGGUUGGAGACCAGAGAAGCAACUGGAUGCCCAGUACUUGCAGUACUGCAGAGUGUGCCAAGGGUUCAAGGCCCCCAGAUCCCACCACUGUCGCAAGUGUAACAGGUGUGUGAUGAAAAUGGACCACCACUGUCCUUGGAUCAACAACUGCUGCGGACACCUGAACCAUGCUUACUUCACCAGCUUCCUGCUGCUAGCUCCUCUGGGCUGCUCACACGCUGCCGUCAUCUUCAUAAUGACCAUGUACACGCAGUUGUACGAGAGGAUAUCAUUUGGGUGGAGCACUGUGAAGAUUGACAUGAGUGCUGUGCGUCAAUUCCAGCCCAUCAUGCCCUUCAGUGUGCCUGCCUUUGCUGCCACACUCUUCGCCUUAGGCCUGGCACUGGGUACCUCUAUCUCUGUUGGCAUGCUUUUCGUCAUACAGAUGAAAGUCAUCCUUCGAAACAAGACCUCGAUUGAGUCCUGGAUUGAGGAAAAGGCCAAAGACAGAAUACAGCACUACCAAACAGGGGAGGAGUUCAUCUUCCCUUAUGACCUUGGCACCCGCUGGCUGAACUUCAAGCAAGUUUUCACUUGGUCAGGGAUGCCCAAGGGUGACGGCACAGAAUGGCCAGUCCAUCCCAAGUGUCACCAGCACACCUUAACUAUUGAGCAACUGAAACAGAAAGCUGACAAACGAGUGAGAAGUCAGGUCCAGUACCGAGCAGUGGAGGACUAUAAUGGCGCUUGCUGCCCUCUCAGCAAGGGUCUCCAAACCUUUUUCAGAACUCCCUGCACAGAGGAGCCCAGGAUCCCCCUCAGUAAGGGGGACACCAUCCUCGCCACCCGUGGGACCAAAUGGUGGAUGUAUGGAGACAAAGUUUUGAGCGAGGAGCACAUGAAAGUUGGGGAGCGUGUGAGGGGAUGGUUUCCGAGGCGAUGUGUGGAGAAGUGCCAUUAUGACACAGCUGCCAGUGAUAGCACCUGCGAAAAGAAAGUAAAUUAAUAUAUUUCACCUGGCUUUAUGUAGAGCGGGGGAGUGAAACUGAACAUGAGGUGUCAGUCUGUUUUCAUGAACAUACACCCACUGAAGAUGUCAGGCCUGAUACUGCAGGCUCACCAUCAAAAAUUGCAUACUUUGAUUGAAAUUUAUCACAUUUCAGUACCAACUUGAAUUUUUUAAGUAGCACUUUGCUAUCAUAGACUUGAAAGUUCAUGAGAAAGACUGGUCUUAUGCGUUCAGUUCAGCUCCUCUGACCAAAAGUAAAACCCAGCAAGAGUCUUAAUUUCCAAUAAAUGCCGCCAGGCUUUAAUGUAACUUUGUUGUGAUUACAAGACUUUUUACUUGAAUAUGUUGUAUUUACUGGUUGAUGUCCUUUUUUGCUACUUAUGCAAUGCCUCUGCCCAGCUGACCCUAGGGCUUCAUCAUGCAACUCUUUCUACAGUACGGAGAUAACACUCAAAUUCUUUUUUUUUA